CACACGAAUUUUUAAAGGUUAAAUAGUCGUUCACACCUAAUGCGUUCUCGUUGACACUUGCGUUUUUUUUUGUUGUUGUUGUUGUUGUUGGACGGUGUGGUACAGUGAUUGUUAGUGUCGGUAGCACCGGACAGGUACAGUAGCCGGUCAGUUGGAUGGCACACUAGUGGACUUACCCGACGGAUUGUGCGUGAACUGUGUUACGGUCAGUGAGAAUGUUGAAUCGUUGUUCGAGGGGUGAGAACCAACGGGACUUUACAUGUUAGUAGAAAGAAUUCCUCGCGCGUUGUCCGGACAGAUAACGAUGAUGCCUUUGGCACCGACACCAAUCGUGGCAGUGCCUUCCAAACCAAAAAUUGGCUUCUCCAUAGACUCUAUCGUUGGCGGCGCCAACCAGCCCAGUCCCCAACACUCGCCCAUACACUAUUCGGAGAGUUCCGCGCCCCUGUCGCCGUCGAGCGACACCGACAACCGAUUGAAUGGCUCGCCAAAGUACACCUCGCAAUCGCCCCAGAGGAGCCCUUCGCCGAAGGCGCCCAUCAUGGUGCCCGGCAUACCGGCUCACACGUUAGUUAGACCUAGUCCCACCUACGAUCCGAACCUGGUGCCCAAGAACGGAUUCCUUGGUCCGGAGAUGGUGCACAACCACGGCCAGCAUCCCUUCGCGUUGGCGGCGCACUUCCAGGGUGCCGCUCUGGCGGCCGCCCUCAGCCAGGGACAGCACGGCUUCCCGGCGCAACCUUCACCGUUGACGACGCACACGCCUCCGAGGGACAGUUAUCCUUUGUAUCCUUGGUUGUUGUCGAGGCACGGGAGGAUAUUUCCCCACAGGUUUCCUGGAGGUCCAGACAUACCGGGAUUCCUGUUGCAGCCGUUCAGGAAACCGAAAAGGAUAAGGACGGCGUUCAGUCCGUCGCAGCUGUUGAAACUGGAGCACGCCUUCGAAAAGAACCACUACGUCGUGGGCGCCGAAAGGAAACAAUUGGCCCAGUCUUUGUCGCUGACGGAAACACAGGUCAAGGUGUGGUUCCAGAACAGGCGAACGAAGCACAAAAGGAUGCAGCAGGAAGAAGAGGCGAAAACGAGUCAGGGCGGUGCGAAACCGGGUUCGGGUUCGAACAACGGUUCGAGUAACGCGCACCACAUAAACAAGUGGAAGGAGGAAACUGGCGAGGAGUACGGCGAGUACAUAGACAUGGACAUGGAGGAAGACUGUGUUAGUGACGUGGAGAGUGAGUCGUAAGGCGAGAUUCGAUGUAUAUAGUUUUGCCCAACUUCUCAAAACCCCCACAAGCCCCUCCGAUAGUGCAAAGAUGCAAUAUUCGCCUGACGAAUGGACGAUGAUGAGCUUUGGAAGAUCUCAGACAAGCGAAUAUGCCGCAAUGUUCACGGAUAAAAAGUGAUAGUGCCAAUUUUCCUCGUGCCAAACUGUAUGUUAGUGCCAAUAUGAAGAUUUUAUCGAGUCCUGUUGUUAUAGAUGAAGAUAUCCCAGUGUACAUAUGAAGUUAUUUAUUUCUUUAUACAAAAUUGAAUAUUUAUUUUAUGUAAAUAAUUAGGUAUUAUAUUUAAAAAAAGUAUUAUUGUCAAUUCUAUUUGAGUCACAUGCCCCCUCCCCCCAAAUGUAGAUGUGCUAAAAUAUGGUUGGCCCCCUGUCUUAAAUCUUGAGUACUUAUUCCUAUAAAAAUGUUUUAUUUCUGUGAUGUUGUAAAUAGUAUUUUUAUUAUUUUAACAUAUCUACAAAUAAUGUAAUGAGUGUUGUAUAUCUGUUUGUUGAUAUGCAUUUUUUACUGUACAUUUUUCCAAAGUACCUUUUUAAAUUAUUUUCUUUGUCCGUCCGUCGGACGCGGAAAGUUAAUUAAAAAUUUUUAUUAGAGCAUAAAUGUAGAUUUGCGAAAUAUGUUGAGUAUCAUGUACUUAAAGUGUAAAAAACAAUAUUAAAGAAAGAUUUAUCAGA